GUGACUUUAUCGGCUAAAUUACUGGCAAGAAGUUCGAGAGAAUUGACAUUUCGAGAAAAUCGACGAUACAAACGUUUAGUUAAACGACAAUUGCAAGGUGAACAAAUUUCAUUUUGUACUUGAUAGUUUCUUAAGCUGAAUUUUUCGUUGUAGAUUGUAAUCCGGCAAAUUGUGCUGUCCCAAAUUGUGGACGCGAUUUUAUUGCUAUGCGUUUGUCAAACGAAUGCUGUGAAAAAUGUGUUCGUAAGUAUUAUAUUAUGAAGGCAAUAUCCGUGCCGUUUAGUUGGUUAUUCGUUUUGUAAUAGCUAAUGAAUAUCAACAAUCGAUCGUCCAACAGGAUCCACAAAGUCAAUAUGGUUAUGAUCGAUAUCCUUAUCAACGACCUCAGUAUCCAUCGGAACCAUCAUAUCCAUAUUCACCACCACAGCAACAGCAACCACAAUGGAGUCAACCACGUGUCGAUGUAUACAUAUUUGGUCCAGAUGAUGGUGCUAAAGUAUCAGAUGGUCAAAGCAUCUAUUUUGAUUGUGAAGUUGUCGCACCGUACCAACAAAAUGUUCAACCAAGAUGGACACGUCAAGGAAAUCAACCAUUACCAUACAAAGCUAGAAGUGCACCGUUAGAAGGAAAUCGAAAAAUCGUUCGUCUAACAAUCCCUGAUGCAUCAUCAAGUGACGCAGGACGAUAUGAAUGUAAUGCCGGUACUGGAAAUGCUGCUGAUUCAGCAUCAAUCGAUUUACAAGUAACGGCAGGCGGUCAGUACCCAAGACCUGCACAACCUGCACAACCUGCGCAACCUUAUAAUCCUUACGGCGACCAGUCCGGUUAUAAUCAACAAUAUCCUUACUACCCAGGGGGUUAUAAUUAUCCUCAACAGCCUCAACAACCUCCACAGCCUCAGCCAAAUUAUCCAUAUGAUUCUAAUUAUCAGCCUGCGCAACCACAACCUCCUGCGUAUGAUCCAUAUAAUCAACCUGGUUAUCCUUAUUCGAAUGAAAAUCCGCAGCAACCACCAAACAAACAACCAGAAUCUCCUCCAGCACAAGAUGCAAAUGACGAUGAUUCAGAUACAAAUGAAGAUGAAGACGAUGCCCCAGAAGCUGCUAAAACAACAGUUCCUGCCCCUGUAGAACCCGCAAAACCAAGUGCUCCUGAGCCAGCAGAUGAUGCAGCAACAGACUAUGAUGAAGGUUAUGAUGAUGAGAUGACAAAAUAA